UUUCAGUAAAUCUAACAUGACGUUGUUCCAACGUUUUUACAACGUCGGAAUAGCGAUGUCGGAUUUUGGUCGCUGUAAAGCCGUUGGAACAACGUCGGAAUUAGCGACGUCGGAUUUGGUCGCUGUAAAGCCGUUGGAACAACGUCGGGAUAGCGACGUCGGACUUUGGUCGGUGUAAAGUCGUUGGAACAACGUCUGAUUCUGGUCACCGACGUCGCGACCCCAAAACAACUAUAAAAAGACGUCUUUGCGACGUCGUGUGUUUGCUGGGUAUGCACGAGUUCUACGCGACUUUAGAAGCGCAAUAUUAUUCCGCGAAAGAACGCUUGCAUAAUUAUUAUGUCUCGAUGCAAAUCUAAUAAUGUCUUUAUUAUAUUUGCAUCUGCAGUUACAAUUAUUAGGUAAAUGAUAAAAAAAAAAUGAUCUUAAGUCUGAGUAACAUUGAAAAUAUCGUCGUAUGAGGACCUUUAAACGCGACGACAUACACGAAACUGACGUCACAAAUGUCGCCGCGCUAUAUCAAAUUUGAACCUAAAAAAGGAAAAAAUAUGAACGUUUUAUGUUCCUAACUAUAGACUGUCAUAUAGCACGAACUAUGGACCGGCCAUUUAUAGAAGAAAUCUUGUAAUUAUAUGUAUCAUGUAAUUGUUUGGUGAACAAUAACUAUAAAACAGGAAAAUAACAAGUGUUUGUAAAUUUGUUUGUCAGAUACAGGAUACAUCAGACAGUGAAUGGGUGCCAUAUUACCCUUCUGACCUAAAUUUGCGUACUAGGAUGAAAACAACAAGUAGGACAAAACCACAAGCAGAAGAAGAUACGGAAAAUUCUAAACUGAAAGCGGACAAUACGCGUUUAUAGAAUGCUAAAAACUUUUUUUUAUUUUGAAAACUUGUCACAUUCAGGAGAUACUGGCAAUCUCUCUACAACUUCGCGUCUAUUACACCAUUUUCCGUAUUACUAAGAUAAAAAGAACGUUUUAAAUAUUCAUAAACAGAUGACCAAACCACUUACAGAGUAAAAUAACUAUUUUAGUUUAUCUACACAUCUAAAUGAAGUAAAAUGUCUCCUGUGAAAACUCAGUGGGCCGUAUUUUCCACCAUAUGAUCGUUUUUCAACUGAACCAGUUUUAUGGCCUAAAAAUAUCUACAUACGGGUGGGUAGAAUAGAUCGAUAUGCAAAAUCAAUACACCAAUAUCAUGACUAUUCAUACACAAUACAAUACAAGCCUUGUGAUAAUAUUGGAAAAGGUUUUAAUAAUUGUUAAACAAUGUAGUUUUAAGUAUGACACAUUUUUCUAUUGCAAAUAAUAUAAACAGGUUCAAUAUAUAGGGAUUUUUAAGUAUGUAAAAUGACAAUAUUAAACAGAGUGAAAUGUGUUUUUCUCUAGGCUUGAUAUUAUUCAUAACCUUGAUCGCCAACGUGUUCUGUGAUGGAUUAAUAUCAUGGAGCAUGAGUGAUUUAUGUGGUGCUGAAAUAUCAAAAUAUAAUUUCGCUGGCGAAAUUUAUUUUGAUGCGGAGAAGUUACGUAACAACGACUUUGGAGAUGGCUGCACUCUUACAAUAACGCCGGCAACAUUGAAUCAAAAUGGCGGCAACAAAGUCAUGUUUUAUUUUACGGCAUUCGAAUUCCAGUCGGAUUGUGACAUUAUUAGCGUAACCAUCAGGGACGGCAGAUACCGUGAUAACAGCGUUGUUCAAGGACUUCCACGAUACCUAUGCGGAAUAAAUUCCACAUUGACAGAGCAAGUUUUUUCAACAAAUGGUGGAAGUGUUCGUAUACAUGUCAACAUCAAAAGACACUGGAAUUACAUAGGGUACUUCCGUCUGAAGUUUGUUACGUAUCACACAGGGAGUUGUGAUGAGUCCGAUGUAUCUACAUGCAGCAAUGGACGCUGUAUUCCUCUGGAGUACAAUUGCUCUGAGAACAUAAAAGCUUGCGGUGAAGUGGAUGAUAAAUGCACGGAGGAAGCUGCAGACGAGAAUAUUAGAGAUUGGUUCGGCAAUGUUAUCAGAUAUCUCUUUAUCCUUAUCGGGUUUAUUUGCAUUAUAUGUCUGCUAAAAGUGAUGGUGAAACAGGGCAAAAGAAAAUGUGGUCAGCUCUUAGAUGGCAUGGGAGAUUGUUUUCGUGACAUCAGGUUAAAAUGUGCAGACUGCAGACGAUCGGUCAAUUUGUCUCGCUUUCGUAAACCCCGCCUUCCGCAUUUUAUAAGAAGUCGUCUGCGAUCAAACACUCAGAACACACCAGACGAAUCAACAGACGACAGAUCCACAACUGAAGGAGUAGCUAAUUCAGCUUUUUCUAACAGUGAUACCCAAAUAGAUCAAAUGAUACAAGCUCAAAUAAGCAUACAAUCUCCGCCAAUGAGCACUGCUCUUCCACAGUCGAUGACGUCACAGAAUGAGCCUCCAUCUUACGAAGAAGCAAUGGCUUCCAGCACACAUUCUUUUCCUUCUCUGCAACCAGAAGAUCCAGCCCCACUUUACGAAGAAGUUAUAUCACCAAAUGAAAUGGCGGUUUCCUUUCAAUCGGAGGAAUAUUCAACUACAAUUGACGAGAAUAGUUUUAAUAGUAGAUCAAAUGAUAACAUAGAAACUUCAGAAGCAGACGACAUGAACAAUGAUACGAACGAAAGAAUAAUGACUUCAAACAUAAUGAUACAAUCUUCUUUGAAUACAGAUACAUCUUCCAUUUUAAAUAAUUACUUGUGUGACUUUGCUGUAGAACUGUCCGAUGAUUAUUCAUCCGACCCAGACUGGGACUCUCUAAGCAAUUCUUCAGUAUUAUCCCAAGGACAAACAGCUGUAACACAGUCUGUGAUUAGUGCUAGUAAUGAACCAAAUGAAGAAGGUCCUGUGCCUCUACCAACUUACGAUGACGCUGUUCCCCCGCCUUAUUAUUAUGAUUACAUAGCUAAUGUAAGUCGAUACAAACAAGAUUCUGUCAGGGGAAGCGAUGCCUGAAUGAACUUACCUUUGAUAACUUAAAUGGGUGAAAGGUUGUAGACCAGUCUCUGCUUCUGAUUGGCUGUUCCUGAUAAUGCUUUAUAAAACUUAACCUCCACGGACCAUUCAGUUUUACUUCUUGAUAUUUUAAUCUGCCGCUCUUAAAGAGUAAUGCAAAAAUGAAUGCAUAUAUAUGAAUGCGUUUUUUGAGUUUUUAUUUCGACGAACAGAGUUGAAUAAAAGUAAUUUUAAUUACAGUGAUCCUAAACUGUCUGAAUCUACACGCAGUGUUUUACGUUUUAUCAAAAAGUUUUUUAUCAGUCCACCAAAAACCAUAAGGAUCGCUCUAAGGGUACAUACCUUAGAAGAAUUUAUAUACAGUAAAGACUACCUUAGCGACCCCUUGCUUUCAGCGACUUUCUGUCUACAACGACCUUUUUAUUUCCUCCCGAUCAAUUUCACAUUAAAAUUGGCUUAUUUCUAGCGACCCCCUGUCUGAUGCGUACAGCGACCAUGAUUUCUUAGCCCCAAAGCAAGAUUUCGAACCUUUAUAACGACUUUUUGACCCCUCCCCUCAAAGGCAGAAAACUUUUUCCAAUACAAAUCAUGGAGUGUUGUUCUUGAUCUUAAUAACUGCCUCACCGUCUUAUCGAUGAAAAAUAAGUGAAGCAGACUGAAAGGUCAUUUGAAAUAUUCCAUGUUUCAUCAGAGUGUUUAAAGGUCCGUAAUCAAAUGCUAACUAGAACAUGUCUUAUUUGCCUUAACCCAAGACUUCUAGUCAGAUUGUGUAUAGAGACUCCCUUUCUACAAUGACCUUUUUGAAAUUUUCCGAAGGCUGGACACUGUAGACAGUCGUUACUGUACAUGUAGUGUCAAGGAAAUAUAUUAAUACUGCACAUAUUGCCCUUGAUUCGCAAAUAAACGAGAACUUUGUGAUAAAAAAACUACAAGUUUUUCAGACAGUUAUUAGAUUUGUGGAGCGAUAGGCAAUCCUUUUUUGACCAUGUUUAAUUGUAUUGUUGUUAUGUUUUAUCAUUUUAUACAAAUAAAUUUUUAUGUAUGAC